CCCGGCCCGAGCGUGGUCGUCGUCGUCGUCAUGGCGGACCCCACGGUGUGGGACUUCCUCGUCCAGGUCCUGUGCGCCCACGGCGGCCGCAUGACCCUGGACGCGCUGCUGGCGGAGAUCGCGCUGCCCCGGGCGCAGCUCCGCCAGGUGCUGGAGGAAGCCGGGCCCGACCGCUUCGUGCUGCUCCAGACCCGCAGCAGCACCGGCAGCGCCUGGACCGUGGUGGCCAACACGCGGGCGCGGGUCUGCCGUCGCAAGGUCUGCGAGCGAGGCUGCGACAACCUGCACCUCUGCAAGCUCAACCUGCUGGGCCGCUGCCACUAUUUGCCGGCGGAUCGGAAAUUAUGCAAAUAUUCACAUGAAGUUUUCUCCAAGGAGAACUCUGAAGUCCUGAAAAGAUAUGGGCUCUCCAAGCUUAACCAAGAGGAAUUAGCCGUACUCCUCGUCCAAAGCGACUCCUUCUUCAUACCUGAGAUCUGCAAAGAUUACAAAGGAGAGGGGCGCAAACAGACGUGCAGCGAGCAUGUCCCCUGUGAGAGACUGCACAUCUGUGAACACUUCACCCGCGGGAACUGCAGAUACCUCAACUGCAACAGGUCCCACAACCUGAUGGACAAGACGGCACUCAGCAUCAUGCGAGAGCAUGGCCUGAGCCCUGACAUGGUUCAGAACAUUCAAGACAUCUGCAACAACAAGCAUGUGCGGAGGAACCCACCCCGCUCCAGAGCUCCUUCCUCAAAUCAUAGAGCGCCACAGGCAUCGCGAGGUCGAAGCAAAAGUCGAGACCGGUGUUAUCAGGCCAGCCCAGAAUUCAUUUCAUCUGCUUACAAGUCCUGCACACCUGGCCCAGAUGGCACUGGUUUCUCGGCUUUUGUUGAGGAUGACGUGCAUCUCUUUGAUAACUUCAGCUAUGUGUGGAGCAAGGAUCAGGCUCAGCCUUCCUCAGCCUCUUCGAAGGUUGCCAGUCUUGGAGCAACAGCUCAAGCAGGAGGAAGCCAGAGGGCAUCCAAGGAUGAUGGUCUCCACGACUUUUCUUACAGGAACCAUGCUGACUCAACCUCUAAUCAGGCUGUUUCUAGCUCUCUCCUUGCUGUUACAAAAACAUCCAAUGCCAUAACCUCCAGCAAGGGCCUGGGCAUUGUUGCAUCAGAUCACGUGAACGUCAAGGGCAAGAGUGGAACUCAAGACAUCCAGGAAGUCCUUCUUAAACAUCAGGCUGAUGGAGUGGCCACAGAUCUAACUUGCCCAAGAUCUGCUAACUACAGAGCUGCCACCAAUGACCAGCGAGAAAUAACAUUACCUAGGAACCAUCAGAACAACGGAAGCGCUUUCUGUGAUCUCCAGGCCACUGGCAAAAUUACUGAUGGUGGUAAUAACCCAGGAUUGACAUUUUUGAAUGGUUUGGGCUUAGAACGAGCAGUCACUGGAGAAAAAGAGGCAUUCUCCUUGAGAAGUAAGGGUUCACCAAGGCAGGUCCCAGCCACACCUGGGAUAGCCACUGCUUCUACAAAAGUCAACACGCUGCCCCAGUCAUCUCUACCUUCCUCCAUCAGCAGAGCUGCAGACUAUGGGGCCCAAGGCCCUGCCCACACUCCUGUGAGCUCCACCAAUGAGCACUCACAAAGGACCACAGUCUCUUCCCAGAAUUCUAUGUCUGGGGUCUCAAGUAUCACAUCUACAAUGAAUAAUGUUGGACCAAAGGAAAUUUGCCUAGACUACCUGUAUCUGGGUUGUCAACUGGCAGGCAACUGCAACAAAAUCCACUUUCACCUGCCCUACCAGUGGCAGGUGCUGAUUUCCAACACCUGGCUGGACUUGCAGGCCAUGGAGCAGAUCGAGGAGGCCUACUGUGACCCUGAGAAGCCCGUACUUUUAGUCAAACACGGGGAAAUUGACUUCCAGAAGAUGCUUUGUGGUUUCCGUCCUAUCCGACGCCUCUCCACUCCUUCAGCUGCCAUUCAAGAGCUGGCAAACUCUGUCUUCACCACCAAAUGGCUUUGGUAUUGGAGGCACGAGUCUGGCAAGUGGAUUCAGUACGGGGCAGAGCUUGACAACCAGCCCAGUUCAGACAUCGACUCAUCGUACCUGGAGUCCCUUUAUCAGUUCUGCCCCAGGGGAGUUGUGCCAUUUCAGGCGGGUUCAAAGAAGUAUGAGCUGAGUUUCCAAGGGAUGAUUCAGACAAACAUUGCUUCCAUGACGCAGAAGGACGUGAUCAGAAGGCCGGUGUUUGUUUCCUCCUUGGAUGUAGUGCGGAUCCGAAGAGGGGGGAUGUUUCAGUCUCUGGUGAGCAAGUCAGAAGCUGUAACUCCAAAUGUGCCUCCUCAGCAGGCUGCUGACUCCUCCAAUGCCUAUGAGUUGUUGGAGCUCAGUAGCAACUGUGGAGAAUAUGCAAAAGUGAGGGAGCACUUUAAGAAUUCUAUGAAAAAUUUCAGGAUUGAAAAGAUAAAAAAGAUCAACAAUCAAAAACUCUUGGAUACUUUUGAAAGGAAGAAACUGACGAUGAACAGGAAAGAGGAGAAACUUCUCUUUUAUGCAACAAGACGUGCCCAUGUAGAUUCCAUCUGUGCAGAUAAUUUCGACUACAGCCAUGGAACUCAUGAAGACAAGUAUGGAAAAGGAAAUUACUUUGCCAAAGAAGCCUUCCAUUUCCACAAAAGUUAUGGUUGUGACACCAAGAAUACUGUGAUGUUUAUAGCCCGAGUCCUGGUUGGAGAUUUCAUCGAAGGACAUAAGGAGUACACGAGACCUCCUCCCAUGUACGACAGUUGUGUGGAUACACGGUUGAAUCCUAAUGUCUAUGUCAUCUUCGAGAAAAGUCAGACUUACCCAGCGUACUUGAUCGAAUAUGUAGAAACAGAAAAAUCCUGUGUGAUUAGUUAAGGAAUGGUGACUAUUAACGAUACCUACCCAUUUUAUUUUCUUACAUGACUAGAUUGUACCAGAUAGUAGGUAGACUUUGAUAUUCCUUGCCACGUGACCUAAUGCCUUAAAAUCAGUAGCUUGCGAGCUUUGCUGCACAAAAUUUCCAAUGCCCAGUUUGCACCCGGCUCCCGGUUACGUCAUUCCUCUGGGCAUGAUCAUCACGCAAAGCUGGUUUGUAAAGGUCUCCCCAUUGUUCCAAUACUUUGGAGAAUUUGUGUUGUCUUAGAUGUAACUGGUCAAAGCUCGAUUGUUAAUUCUCUGUCAAUUACAUAAACCUUUCUCAUCUACUCUUUUAGUCUACAGGAUAGCAUAGGUGUUUUUUUGGGUUUAAUUGAAAGAAAGUUAUAUUCAUUGAAGUCAUUGAAAUGAAUCAUUGAAAUGGAAUUAUAUCUAUUGAAAUCAGGACUGAAGACACUGUAUCUUGCCAGGUGCCAGAGUCUCAAGCCUGUAAUCCUAGCUGCUCAGGAGGCUGAGAUUUUAGGAUUGCAGUUUAAAGCCAGACUGGGCUGAAAAGUCUA